AUGGAGGAGGUGUCUGUUGGUGGCUCCAGAUAUUUCGUUAUACUGAAGGAUGACUAUUCAAACUACCGUUGUGUCUAUUUCGUCAAGACAAAAGACCAGAUAAAGAAUUGUGUUGAAGAUUUCAUUGAUAAGGCAGAAAAUGUAACUGGGAAUAAGAUAAAAAUGUUUAGAACUGACAACGGUCUCGAGUUCGUCAACAAGGAGUUAAAAGAAGUGUUUUCAAAACGUGGAAUUAUACACCAAACAACAGUACCAUAUACACCUAAACAAAAUGGGAAGGCUGAGAGAGAAAAUAGAACCCUGGUGGAAGCAGCAAGAACAAUGUUGUAUGCAAAGAACUUACCAAAGAAAUUAUGGGCAGAAGCAGUAAAUACAGCAGCAUUUGUGCUAAAUAGGACGGGGAAGAGUAAACAAAAUGAGAAGACACCAUUUGAAGUAUGGACAAAUCAAAGUUUCGACAUUCAUGAAUUGAAAAUAUUUGGUACACGAGUGUAUGCACAUAUACCAAAAGAAAGAAGAAAGAAAUGGGAUAAGAAAGCAGAAAAAGGAUUGAUGGUUGGAUACGGGGAAGACAUCAAGGGUUAUAGAAUAUAUUUCUCGGAGAAGAAUACUGUUGAUACAAAGAGAGAUGUGGUUUUCUUGGAACAAGAAAAGAAUAAAAAGGGAGAACCAAUAAUAAUGUUUGACUCCAAGGAAGAAAAUAAUGGAGGUGAAGAAUCUCAAACAACCUCAGAAGUUACCCCUACAAACUUUGAUGAAGAUAGCUGUGAAAUCACUAUGUGUGAAAGUGUGUCUGUAAGUGAAUAUCAACCUUGUAGUGAUGAAGAAACUUCAUCAGAAGAGACAACACCAGUCCUAAAUGAAAGAAGCAAACGUGUGAGAAAACAAACCUCAUUCUACAAGUGUAAUAAUGUAUACAGUGAAGAAAGUUGCCAGAAGGAGCCUAUUCUGGUGACAAUAAUAUAG